GUAGCCCCGCUGCCAGGGAAGGACUCAACCGAGUCGGGCCAGCCAGGAGCCCCGCUGCCAGGGAAGGACUCAACCGAGUCGGGCCAGCCAGGAGCCCCGCUGCCAGGGAAGGACUCAACCGAGUCGGGCCAGCCAGGAGCCCCGCGCCAGGGAAGGACUCAACCGAGUCGGGCCAGCCAGGAGCCCCGCGCCAGGGAAGGACUCAACCGAGUCGGGCCAGCCAGGAGCCCCGCUGCCAGGGAAGGACUCAACCGAGUCGGACCAGCCAGGCGCCCCGCGCCAGGGAAGAGCUCGUGGGAGCUAGGCCGCUGCCAGGGAGGUAGCCGCCCACCGCCCCGCGCCAGGGAAGAGCUCGUGGGAGCUAGGCCGCUGCCAGGAAGGUAGCCGCCCACCGCCCCGCGCCAGGGAAGAGCUCGUGGGAGCUAGGCCGCUGCCAGGGAGGUAGCCGCCCACCGCCCCGCGCCAGGGAAGAGCUCGUGGGAGCUAGGCCGCUGCCAAGAAGGUAGCCGCCCACCGCCCCGCACCAGGGAAGAGCUCGUGGGAGCUAGGCCGCUGCCAGGAAGGUAGCCGCCCACCGCCCCGCACCAACAGCAAAGCUGAGCGCCGUAGAAGGUCGGUAAGCGAUUUACUAUUUUUACUAUAAUUAAGAGUGAAGUGAAGUGAAACAAAAAAAAAUGGCGACAUCAAAGGCGAGGGCAAUCAAGGAAGCGGAAGUGAAUCUCGUAGAGGUGAUAGUUGGUCUAAAACAGGAAUUAGCGGAAACCAAAGAAAAGUGGGAAAAGGAAUCAAAGGAAUUAAAAAAAGUAAUUGAAAGUAGGGCAAAAGAAGAUGAAGCGUCAAUCCUCUUAAAGGAGCAACGCCAGGCUUUCGAUUCGAUGAUGAUCGAACAACGACAAAUUUUUGAUGAAUGGAAGAAACAGACUGAAAAUCCGCAAGUAACGACCACUCCAAUUAACUCUACCAGUAAUUUAGAAAGCAUAGUACAUUCAUUAGCGGAUGCACUGAAAACACGCACUAACACUGCUAUCCUCGAUCUUCCCGAAUUUGAUGGGGACUAUAAAAUGUGGCCUAGGUUCAAAGCUAUUUUCGAUAAAACUAACCAAGAAGGCAAGUUAAGUACUACGGAGCAAUUAGCCCGUCUAUCAAAGAGCCUUAAGGGAAAUGCCGCUCAGAGUGUAAGCCGUCUGAUGAUUGACCCGGCUAAUGUAUCAAAAAUAAUAGACCGGUUGGAAGAAGAAUAUGGGAAUGCAAAAAUAGUUUACAAAGCACUUUUAGCAGACCUCAUGCAAAAUGAAAAUCCAUCCCUUAGUAAACCAAAGACAUUUUUAAGCUUCAUCAGGUCAUUAGACGACCUUGUUACAAACAUGACAGUAUUAAAAAAGGAAGAAUAUCUUACGGAUCCAAGGCUAUUAGACGAUUUGGUCGAUAAGCUUCCAGAAGACCUAAAGCGUGAGUGGUUAAUAACCUUGAUUCGAGAGAAAGAGGAAGGAGGAAAUAGUCGCAUUAAAACACUAAACGAUUUUUUGAAGUGGCUUAAACCUACAGAGAAGCUUGCCAUCCUAUCAAAUGUAAAUGAAGGCCGGGAGGAGGCUAUAUGUGAUAAAAACCUAAGUUCACCAAUAGAACCGAACCCAAAUAGAAAUACCAGAACCUGUUGCCAUGUUUGUCAGGGAGACCAUCGCAUUGUCGAUUGAAGAAGAUUUCGGGGUAUGCGAUUAAAUGAAAGGUGGGACGCCGUUAGAAGAUUUGGGUUAUGUACAAACUGUUGUAACAACAGAAAUCAUAAUGCUAAUAAUUGUCGAUUACCACCCCAGUGUCGUGAAGCCAAUUGUCAUAUGAAACAUCAUCCAUUAUUACAUUACACUAACAAGAGUCAAAAUAAUUUAAACACAUUGAACCAUCACAGUACCACCGAAGGAAUAUUUUACCAAAUAAUACCGGUCUCUGUCAUUCACGAAGACAAAGAAAUUGAUACAUUUGCCUUUAUAGAUACAGGUUCUUCCGCAAGUCUUUUGUUAACAGAUAUUAAAGAAAGUUUGGGUGUUCAGGGGAUAAGAAAGCCAUUGGCUCUGACAUGGACCAAUGGCGAAAUGCAGGAGGAAGCUACCAGCGAAUUAGUCAAUUUGCAAAUAAGGGGUAUGAGUGGCCUAAUACAACCAUUGAAAGGAUUGAGGACAAUUAGGGAAAUGAAUUUACCUUCACAAACUUUAAACGCGAACUCGUUGAAAACCCGAUACAAACAUUUUGAUGGAAUUGAUCUUCCAAACUACAUAGAUGGAGCACCAACCAUUUUGUUAGGCUUACCACACGCUCACCUUAUUUGUGGGUCGGAAAAUCGCGUUGGUGGUCCAGAUGAACCUAUUGCGAUCAAAACCUCAUUAGGCUGGUCAGUUCUAGGUAAGGGAUCGAAAAGGGAAAACAAAGGUAGCUUGUUUGUGCUAAAUGAAAAAUGUGAUAAAGAAGAAAAAGGAAUGGAGGAAAUUAUGAAGGAAUUUUUUACAACCGAAGGUUUUGGUGUUCAACCUAGCCCAAAUAUAAUAACCCCAAAACAUGAAGAAAGAGCAUUGAACUUGAUGAAAAAUACUCUAAGACCACUAGAAACGGGCUAUGAAAUAGGACUUUUAUGGAAAGAGGAUGAUAUAAACCUCCCAGAAAGCUAUACCCAAGCGCUUAGACGGUUGCAGGGUUUUAAAGAAGACUUGAAAAAGAUGUAAAUCUUAAAAACUGGUACUACAACGAAAUUUCGUUAUACUGCCAAAAGGGAUACGCUAAGGAAGUUAACACGGAAAUACAAAUACACAACAGAAAUUUAAACUAUAUACCACAUUUCGCAGUAGUGAACUUAAACAAAUUAAACCCAAAGCCAAGGUUGGUCUUUGACGCCGCGGCUCGGAACAUGGGGAUCUCUCUAAAUUCUCAGUUGCUGACAGGACCUGAUGCAGUCCCUCCACUCAUUGGUAUCCUGUUAAGAUUUAGAGAAGGCAGCAUUGGAGUCUCUGGCGAUAUUCAAGAAAUGUUUCGCCGCAUUAGAAUUCGAGCAGAUGACAGAUGUGCACAGCGCUUUCUUUAUAGGGAAUCCCCAAAUUAUUCACCAAAGAUCAUGGAAAUGAGAGUAAUGAUCUUUGGCGCUUCUUGUUCCCCUGCGUGUGCACAAUACGUUAAAAACUACAACGCUGGAUUAUUUCGGCAGCGGUACCCUGAGGCAGUUAAAGCUAUUGAAAAUAAUCAUUAUGUGGACGACUAUCUAGAUAGUUUCACGUCAAUAGAAACAGCAACCCAAAGAGUAAAUGAAGUGAUACUUAUUCAUAAUCAAGCAGAUUUUUUUAUUCGAAAUUUCAUAUCCAACUCUAGUCAAUUAACCAACCAAAUUCCUUGUGAACGUAUUUCAACCCAACCUGUUUUGAAGAUAAGCGAAGGCACCUCAAAUUUUGAUAAAAUUCUAGGGCAGUACUGGGAAAAAGAAAAGGAUGUAUUCAAGUUUAUUUUAAAUGAUCUGACCAUUCCUGGCCAUUCAGUCAGCAAACGAGAAAUGCUUGCAAAAACAAUGAAAAUAUAUGAUCCAAUGGGACUCCUUACCAAUUAUACUAUAGAGCCCAAAAUACUAAUACAAGAAGUAUGGAAGUUGAAGAUGGAUUGGGAUCAAAAUAUUCCUCCUGAUCUAAAUAGAAAAUGGCAAGACUGGUUGCACAGGUUGAAGGAAUUAGAAACAUGGGAACUUCAGAGAUGUUAUUCACAAGCAGGAGAGCCAAUUACAAGAGAGCUUCACACAUUUGUCGAUGCGUCUGAGCAAGCAUUUGCUGCUGUCACAUAUAUUCGCACA